AUGAAGGUCUGUGUUCGGAAGCAUUCGCCAUGUACGUAUGAUCACACGCGUAAGGGGAACCCCAAACGGGGUGGGGAAAUCACCUCUGCUACUGCUACACGGGGAAAAGCGUCCCUUUUUAGCCUGUGCCCACAGAAUGGCUUGAAAAAAAAAAGCUUAUUCGAUUUGGCGUUGGAAGACAGUCUUCCUCUUGGGGUACGUAAUCGACAACACCUGCGAUUGGAACAGGGAACUCACCCAUCAGUAGAGCAGUUACUACGCCUUGUCCUGCUAGAGUGGCUUAUAGAACGGCUGAUUGAAAAACUGAUUGGUGGACUUGUCUUGCACGCACUGUCAGAAGUAAAAAAUCGCAUGACGAAUUUUCUACUGCAUUGCAUCAAGAUGUAUAUGCUGUGUCUUUCUAAGCUCCUUGAUUUUACGAGCACCCCAGAUAUACGCACUUUAGGUUACGACGAUAACAAAGGCAUAAUUGUUCAUCCCACCAUACAUGAAGUUCCCCAUAGUUACAAAAAGAAAGUGAACAAUGAAGAAUAUACCAGUGGGACAUGCAGCCUGGUCAGAUCGAAUAAAAUAAUAGAAGGGCGGCAAAAAAAGUAUAAACUCCUUGUGCAAGAAAAGAAUCAUUCUUCGAGACUUAUUUUUUCACAACAAUCAAAAAUACGCGAACGAGAGAAAAUUAACCUCUCCCUUCAUCUAUUUAUAGAACGGAACGAGGAUCUCAUUUUGGAAAAUUCAUCGACCGUUUUAUGUGCAUUUUUAAAAAAAAAUGUUAUAUCAUCAAGUCGGAGAAAUGUACAAAAUAGGUACCCACGUUUAUAUAUUCAUAGGAUGAUGCAAAAUGAAUUUCAUUUUAUUUAUAGAGCAAAAGGGAUAGGCUUGUUCAUAAAAGAGUUUCCAUCAUUAAGGGGGAUGCUACACAUAAUAAUUACUUAUAAAAGGAAAUAUCCCGUUUCCUACUUAAUCGAAGAAGAGAUCAUCUUCGUCUGUUGCAUUUUGAAUACCUCUCUUGCUCAAGUGAAUGGUUCUAUUAGUUUAUUUUUUGAAGUUUAUCCACGUUUCGCAAAUGCGUAUACAAUUAGACCAUCGUAUUGUACAUGUAGCUACUUAGCACAUAGGUGCGAAGCGGGAUUGUCUGUUUUUUCCUCUAUGUUGUGUUCCUUGUGCGGGGAUAUAGAAAUAUGUAAAGACCCCUCUUCAGUAGGAACUGACAAGGAGAAAAACGAAUAUCACGAAAAAAAUGAACGUGUAAAUAAUCUCCACAGAGCGGGGGAAAGAGACAAACGAGACCGCACACAAAUUCCAUUCACCAAAAGUAGCAUUAACCACUGUGGUGGUGAACUUCAGGUGGAAUAUCCAAAGCACUCGGAUAAAACCCACAAGGUUGACAUAAAAGAACGUAGAAAAAAAAAACGUGUAGCAGUUAGCAAAUUGGUAGAGAAAACAAGUGGUAGAGAAAAGUCUUCCUCAAAUCGGAGCGAAGACGAAAGAUGCAUGACCCAAAAUAGGGACAUGAGGAAAGGCCCCCGUUGCGCGUGUGGCAAUGACGAGGGGGUCGACCAAUAUGAGGAAAACGAAAAAGAAAAUGAUAAGGAUAAUGACAACAAGGAGGAAACUAACAAGAGAAAAAGCGAAAACAGAAAUAUUAAUAAUCACAGGGACAGCAACAACGGGGAUAGACACAACAGCGAAGACAACAGCAAUAACGGUAGCGACGGUGAUGAGGAGGAAAACGAUGAUGGGGAGGAUGAUGAAGUGGAUGACGAUGAAGACGACGCUGAAGAGGAGGAUGAAGAUGGUGAUCGAAAUGAUGGGGGGGAAAAACGAGGAACCGACCCAUCUACCGUUAUCGCUGAACAGAGGGGCGAGCCGAACAAUGAAGACGAUACAUGUGAUGCAUGUGAAAAGGCAAAAGGAAAGGAGAUAAAAUCGAAAGCAGAUAAUGUUAAGAAUUGUGCUACAGAUAUACAGAGCGAUUCAAAUGAAGGAAACAAAAAAGGUAAUAACGAAGAGGAUGAAGAGAGCAACACGUUAGAUUGUCAUAAUAUUGCAAGGGAAGAUCGAACGAAUAUCAACGUGGAUGGUAGUUCCGCGCAAAGGAGUAGCGUGCCAGAUAGGGUAAAGAAGGAGGAAAACCAAAAUAGCAUCAACAGGAACAUGAAAAAGAACAUCAAUGAGGAAGAAAGUAACUCCGGAGGGGGACGCAGUGGUGGCAGGGGAGCCCACAUCAACAGAAACUGCAAGAGCGGCGAUGUAGGUAUCGACCAACCGACCGAACAACCAGCCGAGCAACCAACCGAACAACCGACCGUCGAAACCGGGAAAAACGAGAAGGAUGAAAAGAACCUCCGAAUCAUGAACAAGAUGCUCAAAAACCUUUCGUUCAUGUCAUUCAACACGGGGUUGCUCGAGUACAAAAUAUUCGGUUUAUGCAUCUACCAGAACCCACCAUUUAUUUCCAAACGCUUGCUGCACAUUCCUUAUGCUUUAAAAGAAACCAAUGCAGACAUCAUAGCGUUGCAGGAAGUAUAUGAUGAGAAGCACGUGGAGUAUUUAAAGAAACAACUGAUGGCGAAGUAUCCAUUCUGUGCGAGGGAUAAUUAUUGCAGUGACGUCUUUAAGGAAAAAUUUGGCGAUGUAAAUGUCGAAAGGGAAGACGAAUUCGAUGAAGGCAAUCGUCAGGAUGGUAGAGACGGUCCAAGUAACAGAACAGCUAAAGGUAAUAGUUACGAAAAUGGCAAACGAACCGGAACAAGCGCCAACAACCCAAACGGAGGAAAUAAAAAGGAACCGCGUUGCACAAAAAAGAAAUACUUUGCUCUUCAUCACGGAUUACUGGUAUUUAGUAAGUACCCUAUUAUCUACUCCUUCUUUCAUGGAUUCAAGCACGUAACGUAUCUGGAAUAUUUAUUCGGGACAAAAGGAUUCCUAGAAGUCGUUAUUGAUGUCCCUUUUUUUAGUUACAUUACUUUGGUGAAUAUGCAUCUAGCUAGCGGCGCCGCAGACACAGAAUCUAAGUAUAUUGAACGGGUUCGAGAUUUCGAAAUUAAGCAAAUUAUGGAAAUAGCUAGAAAUGCUGAAAAAAGAAAUACCAUCCCAAUAAUUAUUGGUGAUCUGAAUGCUGCUCCCAAUUUGUGUCCAAAUAAUUAUUCCUCCUUCAUUAAAAGGGGUUGGAAAGACGCUUGGCUCUAUGCUAGAAAUGUCAAAAAGAAAAAAACAAAACAACUCAUAGCGAAGGCAUUACCACGGCUACACAAAAAAAAACCGCGUACAAUUUCUUCCAAUAGUUGCCAUUCAUUUGGUCAUUUAUUCCCCAGGGUUGGUAGCAGCACCAGGGACCUGGUCAAAACAGAGUCCAAAAAGGAGGCCAAAACGGAGGCCAAAACGGAGACCAAAAAGGCAGAAGGGAAGGAACAAGUAGAAGAAAGAGAAGAAGAAAGAGAAGAAAAUCAUCCCAUUCAUAACAACCAAGAGGGAGUCAAAAAUAAGGAUUACGCUUACAGUAAUCAUUCUCUGAAUUUACAAAAGAGUAUCUACAUUGAGAGGCCACAGUUGUAUAAUAAAAUGGACACAAUAAAUGAUGAACUAGGGAGUAGAAGUUCCUUGCGCGUUUGCUCCACUUUUAACUGCUCCGAAAAUAACGGCAGUAUAGUUUACUCCAACUCAAUGAAAACUAUCUCUGGCUUUUCCAAAAAUUUAGAAUCCUAUGGUAGCAUAUAUUAUAGUAAGGGAUACACCAGGGAAAAGAAGAAAUGGAAUGUGGAUGACAAUUCCGUAGAAGUCCAUCCAUCGGUUUGUUUAAGCAACCUCAAUUUGGAGAAUCACGGAAACCAAAUGGACAAAAUGAAUGAUGCGAUAAAUAAACACAUGCAACUUACGAAUGUUCUUCAAAGAAAGUACUUCGGAUGCGUUUCCCAUGAAAUGACUGAGCAUAGUAGGAGUUGUGCAGUUACAAUCGUCCCCUCUAAGCGGUUGCAAAUAUUUAGUAGGAAAGUUGCAAAAACAGUUUCAAAGACCAUCUGGAGAAGAAAAGGAAAUUUUCUUCCCGCCAAUUACAAAAGAGUGAAGUAUCAUCAUAGAAAAGGACGCACCAGAGCACUUCACCAAAAAGAGCAUUUUCUCCACCUCAAUCAGAUUAUAUCCAGUGGCAAAAAACACACGCUUAAUGGAGUUGGCAAUUGGAACCCUUUACAAAGGGGAGACAUUCUUCACUGUAGCAUUAUCCCAAAUUCCAGUACUCCCGGUUGGAAGUAUAACCCUUCGGAUGUAGUUCCAGAGAAAAAGAGGGGAAUACAUAUUCCCACUGUCGAAAUGCAUUAUAGACAAAUAUCCUCCAUUAGUAGUGGGGGCGAUGAUGUGUUAGGUCAUCAGGAAGGAGACCAUGAUAUGUUAGAAAGUACAGUCCAUGUGAACAAGGCACAAGAUGACCGUUUUAACCACCCCACGGAGCAGACAUGUAGCCUCAAGUGCUACGCAGAUAAGAGAGUUAAGGAGGACAAAAAGGAGAGACAAAGGAAUAUACAAAGUUGCUCCACCUGUGAUGUGUUCAAAAAGGAAGACAAAAUGGAUAAUAUCACAAUAACCCCGAAAUGCACUCUACGCACUAAAGGCGAUGGAGAAAAAUUGAACACCCUAAUGGAGGAAGAUGGCAGUGAAUACCAUGCCGCGACAAAUAUACACCACCAUUAUAACAGCGACCAGAAUUUAUUCUCCAGUGACAUAUCUAGUGAGAGCAACCACUCGUAUACGGAUCUGUAUGAUGAUGAGGAGGAAGCCAACUGGUUCAGUGAUCGAAGUUCGAAUGCGUCGAGGAAUGAUCUACAGGAAAGAAACGAAGUGCGUGUUCCAGUCGAGAUGCACCCCUGCGGAGUGGUCAACUGUAUGGCAGAGGAAGGAUUCACAAAUAGGGAGAUAAUGGAUAAGGUACCAGAAACAGAGACGAUGAAAGAAUUUCACACUUCGGGAUGUAACCAACUGACUGAUAAGAAAUGCACAAAACGAGAAGACAAAAUUAUGACACACUGUGUACCACCUCUAGAAAUGGAAGAAAAAGGCAGAGAGGAUGAGAGUACACCCCUGAUUCAUGCUGAGGACACUAUCCCGGUGAGAAUGUCGAAAGAGAAGGGUGAUGGCACCUCGAACCACACUCAAAUGCACAGAGAAAAAGAUUCCAAGGUGAGUGAUACAAUUACAUUCUAUAAAAAUCAGUUAAAUGAUCAUAAGGAAAAAGUACGCAAUGUGGAUGAGCAGUGUCCAAACCAAUUGAGUACACAAAAUCCUUUUAGCGCUUUUUUGAAAGAGGAAUUGACGGCGAUGGGGCAGACACAGGAGGAAGACUCGGUGCUGAGUGAAAUGGGCACAAGAAGGGACGACAAUGAAAACUGUUGCAACGGCCAGGUGGAAAAUCUACCAUGCACAGGUACUUACCCCUCUGAAGAAAAUGCCAAUAUCAAUACAAACGAAAAGAAGAAGAAGAUUAGUAAGUUAGCCAAGAAAAUAAAACAGAUGAAAAAAAAAAUCUUUUAUAACAUUUUGAGGAAUUAUGAAAGGCACCAUGAUGGCGGGGUUGAAAGAAGGACGCUCUUGAAGGGAAAUAAGGGAGAGUCAAAAAAGAAGAAGCAGGAGACAGAAGAGGGGAACUCAUUUAUAUUGGAAAAUGUUAAGCGAAAAAACAAAAAAAAACAUCAUCUCAUUCAUUCCCUAAAAGAAGGGGAGCACACUGAGAAGGAAACUAACUGCAAAGGAGAGGCAACCCCAGGGGUAAAUCACUCACCCAGAAGUGAUGAAUCCAAUUCGCUGGAAAACCAAUUGACGAAUACGAAAGGGAAAAAUGAUAGCGACAAGUUCCUACACUUCACCAAAAAAUGCUACAACAGUAGAACAGAAGAAGCGCUGAAAAAAAACAUUUUCUAUUUCAUCAAAAAGUUAAAAUUUAAAACGGCAAACAAAUUAAAGCAGAAGUUUUGUACAUGUGCAAAAAAUGUAAAGGGUAAUCUAGGUGAAGAAAAGAAACUUCUGCUAAUGGAGAAGGAACAGAAAGGUGAAUCUCAACCGCUUCACAGAACAUGCCCCUUCGUCCAGAAUAAUUCAAACCCCCCAAGGUCCUUCAGUAGCAUAAAACUGCCAGAGGAUUUUAUAAAAAUGUGUGAUUGUUCUCCGCUGUCAAAAAAGGAAAGAAAUCAAAGGAGUAAAAAUUAUAAUCGGGGAAAAGCACCGAGUAGGGAGGGUCAAGAAAAUUACUCAAAGAGCAAAAAAUAUUUCAUUUUUAAGAGAAGGCAGAAAGAGGAAAAGGAUAAAUAUCACUUGAUGGAGAAUAUCAAUGAAGGAAGAAUAUCCUUGGGUAACCACAACUGUGUAAAUGCCAACCUCAAUUCGUCAAAAAAUAAAAAAUGUACACAUGAGUGCAGCAGUGUACGCGGCGGAGAAUCCAACCAAGGACAAUUGCACAACAAGAUGAAGUUUAGUAUAAAAAAUAAAAACUUUUUUAAAUUUAGAAACGAAGAAAACAUUUCUAGUGACGAAUUUACAUGGGACCCCCUAAAUCCGCUGAAUGUCAUUGGGCCCCAUUCCAGGUGUAACGGACUGAGAUGCGAUUAUAUUUUCUUUCCUCCCAUCAGUUACAAUAGGGGAAGGGGUGCCAAGGGAGGAAAGAACGGCACAGCUGAAAAAGAGAAAAUUGGCCAAAAGGGAAAACUAAGUGAAGCAGAAAAGACAGAUGAAGCAUAUAAGAUAGGUGCGGUUAAAUCCCAGCCAAGUGUACACAUAACUGAAAUGCCUGACGAUGAACAACUCGUGAUGGAUCAGGAAAAAGCCCCAAAGCGGUCAAACAGCUUCACCGAUCCAGUAGGUGAUAAUUGCCAAAAUCAGGAUUUCCCCAAUUUCGUUUUGAACACGCAAAAUAAUGUCUUCACUGACACACGCAACGAAAGAGACAGAAAGGAUCAUGAUCACCAGGCGAAGGGGAAGCGGUACGAAGAAACUCUUAAUCUAAAAAAAUCUAACGACCUAAAAAUUUUGAAGCAUUACUAUAUUAAGAGUGCCAAGAUACUUUUUAAUGAACCCUCUGUCAUGGUCCACACGAACAGGAAUCAGAAAAACUCCAAUUGCUGCUACUCCUUUUGUAUGAAAAUAAAGAAUGUACAUUUUGUGACAAUGUCUGACCAUUAUGCUAUUAAGAUAGAUUUGAGGCUAAAGAAGAAUCAUAAAUUUGGUCGGAAUGACUAG